AUGCCACUUAAUAUACUGGGAACAAUUCUAACUGAAGGUACUGAUAAUAUUCCUCACUAUGAUACUAUAAAAACAGCUUUACCAUACGUUUUAGGUGCGACGGCAAUCAAAUACUGGUCCCGUGGCCCGUCUAACACUUGGGAAAGAAAGUUGCAUGGUAAGGUUUAUAUUGUCACCGGUGCAACAAGUCAAGGGAUGGGUACUUCUGUGAUUCUUGAAAUGGCCAGGUUAGGUGCACAAUUGAUCUUUUUAACUAGAGAAGUGGAUGAAUGGUCAACUGAAUGGGUGGAAGAUUUACGUGAAAGAACCAAGAAUGAGUUAUUAUUCAUGGAAAAAUGUGAUUUGAACGACUUGUGGGAAAUCCGUAAAUUCGUAACAAGUUGGUUAGACAAUUCUCCUCCAAGAAGAUUGGAUGGUGUUAUUGUUAUGUCCGGUAAUAUGGAACCAUGGGGUAUACCUAAAUUUAAAUUGCCAAAAAGAAAAUCUUCCAAGGACGGAUUAGAAGUUCAAAUGGCUACGAAUUAUGUUGGUAUUUUUCAUCUUUUGAACUUACUCCAACCGAGUUUUAAAGCGCAACCACCUGAUAGAGAUGUCAGAAUUAUAGUGACGACAUGCUGGUUGCAAGUGAUGGGGGACAUCAAUGUAGAGGAUCCAUUGUGGCAAAAAGUUAAAUAUGAUAGCGCAUUAAAAUUUUUUGCAAGUAGUAAAUUACAGUUGGGUCUGAGUAUGAUGGAAUUGCAGAGGCGAUUAAUUGAGAGUGUUAAAAAUGAUUCAAAGAAAAAUACUGAAAGGAGUGGUAAAAACAUUGCUGUGUGUAUGGUUCAGCCUGGGACGAUGCGGUCACAAAGUUUACGUCGUGUAAUUAGCAAUGGUUCAAUAACGUUAUUGAUUUUACUUUACUGUAUUAUAUUGUAUCCGAUAUUAUGGUUAUUUACCAAGAGUGGGAAUAGAGCUGCACAAAAUUUGUUAUAUGCAUUGAAUACACCUGAAUUAGAAGAAAUUAAUAGACAGGAUGAAAAAGCUAAAUAUGUCUCCGAUUGCUCUAUUGUGAAGUUUGCACGUAAAGAAUUCGAAGAUGAAGUUUUACAAAAACAAUUAUUUGAAAAUACAGAAAGGGAUAUCUUAGAGAUAGAGAAGAAGAUGGCAAUUAAGAGAAAUGCUGGUAAGCCAGAAAAGAAGAAAGAUUCGAAAAAAAAGAAAUGA